AUGAACCGUAUGGAUGCCCUCAAGGCUCGAGUCGCGGCAGCGAUCGAAGGGAGCAAAGCCAAGGGCGGUUUGAACGUUGGGCUUCACCCUGCGCUAGAGGAUCUGGGGCAGUGGAAACCCGCAACCAAGAGUGGCGAUUCGAAGUCGGCCCAAGCACCAGGGAAACCGCGAUUGAGAAAGUAUAUACAGCAGGCGAACGCCCUCCGUAGGCAGGCCGCUCUCGAGGCUAUGAAGAAGCGGAUUGCUGAGCAAACCCGGAAAGCUGGCAUUGAUGAAGACAUGGAUGCUGAAAAAAAUUUCGUUGUUGAGAAUCCACCAGAUCUAGAGUGGUGGGAUGAGGGCCUUGUCGACGGGAAGACCUAUGAUGUAAUUUCUAAUCCAGGUCAUGUGAAAGUGCUGUCAGCGGACACCAUUGUCACAGAAUACGUGCAACACCCAGUUGCAUUGGAACCGCCUCAGGACAGAAACAUCCCAGCACCCAAGGCCAUGUACCUCACUGCUAAGGAGCAGGCUAAGCUACGACGACAACGCAGGAUGGCAGACCUCAAGGAAGAACAGGCGAAAAUUCGCCUGGGCCUCGUACCUGCCCCGCCGCCCAAGGUCAAGAAGGGGAACCUCAUGCGCGUUCUCGGAGAGGAGGCCGUCAAGGAUCCUACUGCUGUUGAGGCCCGGGUGAACCGGGAGAUUGCAGAGAGACACCAGAAACAUCUCGAAGCAAAUGAGGAACGGAAGCUAUCAAAGGACCAAAAACACGAGAAGUUGGCAGCCAAUCAGGAAAAGGACGCGGCAAAGGGUCUGCGUGUCUUGGUAUUCAAAAUCAGAAGUUUAGCAAAUGGGCAACAUCGCUUCAAGAUCGGCAAGAAUGCUGAGCAGUUGGCUCUUACCGGCGUCUGCAUCAUGCACCCGAAGCUUAACCUCGUUAUCGUUGAAGGAGGAGAACAUAGUGCUAAGCAGUAUAAAAAGCUUAUGCUCAAUAGAGUCGACUGGACGGAAAAUGCAUCUUCGCGGGACAGAGAGGGCAAGCAGGGCCAACUUAGGCAGUGGCUCAUGGCGGAGGACGAGAAGGGAGAUCUGAAGGACAUGUCCACUAACAAAUGCACGCUGGUAUUUGAAGGUGAGGUCAAGACAAGAGCCUUUCGAAAAUGGGCAAGCAAGGUCUGUGAGACUGAUGCCGAGGUUCGCGAGGUUUUGUCGCGCACGAAGAUGGAAAACUUCUGGUCACAAGCUAAGAGUAUGGAUUAA